AUAUAUGACGUAGGGUACGUACCAUAGCAUGGUACGUGCUUAUAUACUGUCUAUGGGGACGUGCAGCGUACAUACAGUGUUCUCGUUUAUUAUUCUCACCUGGUAACGUGUUUAAAAAUAUUUUGGACAUGAGGAGUGUGGCAAAGCUCAAGUGUGGUGUGUGGUAAGAGUAAACCCAGUCGGAACUGUAAUAGGACCACUCGCUCACGUCUUGUAAGCAAACUGCUAUCGACAUUUAGCUUUGGUCAGCUCAGCUGGGAACGUUAACGUAACGCUAUCUUUGAACCGUACUAAAUACGGUUAGAAGGGUUACUAACUUCAGUUAAAUGGCGAGCUGACUGUUGUUAUUGCUGUUUGUUUUUUUUGACUCGGCUGAGGAAACUCUCCAAUUGGAAAGUAAUAUCUCCAAGUUAUAAACGGGUCGCCAACAGCUCGCUAGGUAACGUUAGAGCAGGUCACCUUCCGUCGCAGCUGGGUGUGUGUGUGUGACUUCUUUUACUUCCCCGACUUCUGUGACUGGACAAUAAUAACUCUAUCUGACUAGAGGAAUGACAUAUGACCCACUAUGUCGGCUACGUAACCGCAGAGCCGUCAUUCAACGCGUCUAUUUGGCCAUGUAAUUGAGUUCAUGGUUGUGCGUUCACUUGUAAGAAUGACUCGCCGCUCGGUGGUAAAGUUUGUGUGCCUUGGGAAUCGAGCUGUCAGCCUGCUGUGCGGAAACUCCCUUCGCCCCGUUCACACUUCGGUAUGCAACGUCUCAUCGCAGCAAAAAGCUGGAUUCAAACCGGAAAAAGUAGCAGUGGUUACAAAGACUACGCGAUAUGAGUUUGAACUGCAGCGGUAUCGCUAUGCAGGGCUCUCUGAAGAGGACUUUAAACAGCUGCUUGCUAUGAAGGGCUCCAGCUACAGCGGCCUGCUGGAAAGACACAACAUCCACACUAACAAUGUGGAACACAUUGUGAAGAGCCUGCGGGGACAAGGCAUUGAGGUACAAGUUGUGAAGAGAGGAGAAUAUGAUGAAGAAGUAGUUCGAUGGGCAGAUGCCAUUAUCUCUGCUGGAGGUGAUGGGACAAUGCUACUUGUUGCCAGUAAGGUUUUAAGCAAGGACAAACCAGUUGUUGGAGUUAAUACAGACCCUGAGAGGUCAGAAGGUCAUCUGUGCCUGCCUGUGCGGUACACUCAUGUCUUCCCAGAGGCACUGGCGAAACUCUGUCGUGGUGAGUUCAGGUGGCUGUGGCGUCAGAGGAUCCGUCUGCACUUAGAGGGCACAGGAAUCAAUCCCACCCCCGUGGACCUGCACGAGCAGCAGCUGAGCCUGGAGCAGCACAGCCAAGCUCACCGCAUCACCACCAUGGGCCGUCAGCAGAGGACAGGAACACUACAUGACAGCGUCUCCAAACCUAGACUGCUCCCGAUCAGAAGCCUGAAUGAAAUCUUCAUCGGAGAAUCUCUGUCCUCCAGGGCUUCCUACUAUGAGAUCUCUGUGGAUGACGGCCCGUGGGAAAAGCAGAAGAGUUCAGGACUCAGCAUUUGUACAGGAACGGGAUCCAAAGCCUGUGUUUUCUCUAUCUUGGUCAGGUCAUAUAACAUCAACAAACUUGUUGAACAAUCUGUGGAGGAGGUUCUAAAAAUCGGGAAGUCUCAAACAGGUCUUGAUAUCCCGCUAAAUCGUGACUUCAUCGAAAAGGUUACUGACGAAUACAACGAGUCUCUGGUGUUCAGUCCAGAUGAGAGACGCUUGUUCUACAGCAUCAGGGAGCCCAUCGUCAACCGAGUCUUCUCCAGCAGUCGGCAGAGAGGCUUCGCCAGCAAGGUGUCUGUCCGCUCACGGUGUUGGGACGCCUGCAUGGUGGUCGAUGGCGGGACUUCAUUCGAGUUCAACGACGGCGCCAUCGCUACACUCAGCAUGAGCGAGGAGGAUCAGCUCCGGACCGUCGAUCUCGAAAACUGAGAAGAGUCCAGAGAACCCGAGACUGGACUGGUGUCUCUCAGGCCAGCUGUUUAAAGGGAUGGGGCUCUUCACCUUUUAGCCUCCGCAAGUGUUAAAUAUUUUUAUACCUGGGGGGGAAAAAAAGGUAUUAUUGUUGCUAUUGUUUUAUUGAAUGUGUGCAUUUUCACAAAAUUUUUCCAACUCCGAUUUUUUUUUUUUUUUUCUUUUCUUCUUUUCAUUCUCUAUUCCACUAUCCCCAGGUUAGAUGACUGUCUUUCAAUGCAUCACAUCAACAGAGAGUCUCUAAGCAGAGGGAUUGAAUUUGUAUCUCAUGUAUUUCAGAUUACAUCUUGUGUUGUGCUUUCACACCUGUGCAGCUUUCAGUUAAUGACCAUUAAUUGAUAAGAAUGAAGUUAUUCUAUAUAUAUUUGUUAUUGUCAACAAAUCUCAAAAUGAGUCAGACUCCCACUACUUUCUGACCUCCCAAGUGGUCUGUGUCACUCAACCCCAAGUUCUUACUGAAGACAUAAGUCUUGGAAAACAUAUAAAUAUAAUAAUAAAAACUCAAUAAUUGACUUAUUUUUUAAUGAACACUACUCAGACAGGAGGAAAUGGUGCAUUUGUUGGACUAUUUUCAGCGAGUAUUUUUGUGGCAGCAGGACAGUGUGUGGGGGAUUGAGUCAAAAUAAAUGUAGAGUGUGGGUGUUCCUGGUAAUGGAAGGCACUGGGUGACGUCGUUUGGCUCUGCAAAUGGGAUUUGUAUAGAUGGUAUAGAUUACCAGACUUUCAAAAGUCUUAAUUUGUGCUUGUAUAAAGGUUUAUCUAUAUGGUUAACCGAAAGCCCGGUGGCUGUCUGUUACGGCUUGAUUGAUGACUAAAGAUAUUUUUGGAACAUAGCUUAUAUUUUUUCUAGCUCUUUUAAGCCAUUUGAGCUAAGAAUUAAGUUUGAUUAAGAAAGAGGAAAAAAAAGAUUGAAAUGCACUAAAAACACCAUGCUUUAAAGGGGCAUUUUGCUCAAUGUUUAGGUCAAAAGUAUGUCUUGAAACCUUUCACAAGACCGGAUGUUCAGCACAACCAAAACUACAGGGUGUAUACUAUAUCUGAUAUGAACCAGUAAAGCCACCUGACACUAAAUGCCUAAAUGAUGCUGUAAUGGUGAUGCUGAAAUUCUAAAUUCUAAAUCACAGUCUGACCAACGUGGUGGUGUAGUCGUAAUGAUUUCAAAUAUUGAAUACAAAUCUAGUAGGUCUCUUGUGUGCACUUGUAAUUCCACUUGAUCAGUUUUAAAAAAAAAUGUUGCAACUUGCAAAUAUAUAUAACCCCUCUCUGCUUUUUUUUAGGACUAGUUUCCAAAAACAAUCAGGAAAUUGUAAUAUGCAGCGUGCCAAAGGCAGCGUUCCUCAUGAGUAUAUUGUGUCAGUGUGUUAGGAUGUGUGUUGUUUUUGAAUCAGAUAAAGUGAAAUGAAAAUGAAA